UCUUGGUGCGUUGUCGUGUUCAUCAAAACAAGUUGCCUUUCCAGCUGCAUCAUGCACAUGCGCCAGAAAGAGAGGAGCGAUGAUGGAGCUAGAGCGGUCCCGCUCGCACUCGUAUGUAGCAUACGCAGUGCCUUUCACUCGCGAGCUAGCAUAGCACGGCGCACCGCGUACACCAGUUGCAUACACCGUGAAGCGAUGCUCGUGUGGAAAGAUUGUACGUGGCAAUGUAGGGUCCCUCGCGGGACGAUCGUGCUGUAUUUACUAGUGUUUUGUCAAUUGUACGUUCUUGUUGGGACGCAACAGCAACCUCCACCGCAGCAGCAGCAGCAGCAGCAGCAACAGCAUCCGCCGCCGCAGCAACAACAGCAACAUCCGCCUCCGCAGCAACAACAACAACAACAGCCGCCUCCGCCGCCGCAACAACAGCAGCAACAGCAGCCGCCACCGCCACCACCACCACAGCAGUAUCAGCAACAGCAUCCUCCCCAGCAGCAACAACAGCAAUUCCAACAGCAGCAACAACAACACCCUCCUCCACAGCAAUUCCAGCAGCAACAGCAACACCCUCCUCCACAGCAAUUCCAGCAGCAGCAGCAACACCCUCCUCCACAGCAAUUCCAGCAACAUCCGCCUCCCCAGCAGCAGCAGCAGCAUCACCCGCAACAGUUCCAGCAACAGGCGCCGGUUCCCCACGACGUCGGAGGCCAGCAUCCGCCACCGGUUCAGCACCAACCGGUCAUCGCCCUUCAGGAUAUUCCCGAGCACGACCGACCAUGGUACGAGUCGCUGCCAGCUGUUGCGAUGGACUACAAGGUGCACAUCGAUGCUGGCAAGGAGGACUGCUACUUCCAGUACGUCCAGCAGGGCAGUACGCUCUAUGUAAGCUUCCACGUUAUCCGCGGCGGUGACGGAAUGGCCGGCUUUGCGGUUCGCAAUCCGCGCGGUGAAAUUGUCCACCCGUACCAGUGGCAAGCGUCCAGCGAUUACACGGACGGUGCCGCGAUGGGUGGAUUCUAUGCCGUGUGCAUCGACAAUCAGUUCUCGCGGUUCGCCAGCAAGCUGGUCAAUCUGUACAUUACCGUGAUCCGGUACGAAGAGUGGGAAAAGUUUACCAAGGAGAUUGAAGACUUGAACGUUAACAUGGACAACUUUACGGGCACAAUUUCGACGGUGGAACGGAACCUCAACGCCAUGUUCCAGUAUCAGGCCCAUUCCCGCAACAACGAAGCCCGUGAUUAUGCGCUGAUUUUAGACAACAAUGCGUACAUCUGGAAGUGGUCCGUGCUGCAGAUUCUGGUGAUCGUGUUCACCACCUCGGUGCAGGUGUACUUUGUGCGGAAACUGUUCGACAUUAAGACGGGCAGUGGCAAGAGUCGCAUUUAGAGCAAGGCAAACAAACAAACUACCCAAUUUCGAAUUAAGCAAUCCUUACUCGAAAAUACUUCCCGUUCCGGUUGAACUGUUACGAUGUCGAUACUUACAAAGUAACCACCGGGUGCGUGCAUUACGAACGUGCUGUUGUGCUGUUUUGAUUCAGAAUCCACGCACACAGAAAACAUUCCCCGAGGAUGCAUUUUCCACCCGCUCCAAACGUGUAAGUCAAGGUGGCUUCCGUUGACCAGUAUUGGACGGACAGUUUUUCCCUCCGUUAUCUUCCAUGUUGACUGAAAGUGAAUACAAUCAGCUUUUUUGUUUGCACAAUAUU